GUCAAGGGAGACUUCUACUGUGGACUUUUCCCAGUUUCUCUUUCGUCAGGUUUAAAGUGUUUGCCAUUCCCAUAUAUAGCAUGCACUUUUCAACUCUGCAUCCACAUUGGGAAUAUUUCUCUUCAUUCUCAGUUAUCAAAAAUUUUGUAACUGAUAUUGACUUAGAAUUGAGAAAAUGCUCAAUUUCACCGAUGUGACAGAGUUCAUUCUUUUGGGGCUAACCAGCCAUCGGGAAUGGCAAGUUCUCUUCUUCAUCGUCUUCCUUGUGGUCUACAUUAUCACCAUGGUGGGCAAUAUUGGCAUGAUCAUGAUAAUCAAGGUCAGUCCUCAGCUUAACAGCCCCAUGUACUUUUUCCUCAGUCACUUGUCAUUUGUUGAUGUGUGGUUUUCUUCCAAUGUCACCCCUAAAAUGUUGGAAAACCUGUUAUCAGAUAAAAAAACAAUUUCUUAUGCUGGCUGUUUAGUACAGUGUUUCUUCUUCAUUGCUCUUGUCCAUGUGGAAAUUUUUAUUCUUGCUGUGAUGGCCUUUGAUAGAUACAUGGCGAUUGGAAAUCCUCUGCUUUAUGGCAGUAAAAUGUCAAGGGUUGUCUGUAUUCGACUGAUUUCCUUCCCUUACAUUUAUGGUUUUCUGACGAGUCUGGCAGCAACAUUAUGGACUUAUGGCUUGUACUUCUGUGGAAAAAUUGAGAUCAACCAUUUCUACUGUGCAGAUCCACCUCUCAUCAAAAUGGCCUGUGCCGGGACAUUUGUAAAAGAAUAUACAAUGAUCAUACUUGCUGGCAUUAACUUCACAUAUUCCCUGACUGUAAUUAUCAUCUCUUAUUUAUUUAUCCUCAUUGCCAUUCUGCGAAUGCGCUCAGCAGAAGGAAGGCGGAAGGCCUUUUCCACAUGCGGGUCCCAUCUGACAGCUGUCGUCAUAUUCUAUGGUACUCUGAUCUUCAUGUACCUCAGACAUCCCUCAGAGGAGUCAGUGGAGCAGGGGAAGAUGGUGGCUGUGUUCUAUACCACAGUGAUCCCCAUGUUGAAUCCCAUGAUCUAUAGUCUGAGGAACAAGGAUGUGAAAGAGGCCAUGACAAAAGUGAUCAGUAGAUCAUGUUAAACAAAAUAAAAUCAAAUUUGAUUUAAUUUUAUCUUCUAUUAUUUGUUUGGAAAACGGUUAUUACCCAGUGCCUAUGAACACUAAGAUAAAGAUAUUCUGUGGGUUGAAAAGAAAAACAAAAAUGGUGCAAAUUGAGAAAAUGUAAGGUGGAAUGAUUCAUUUCUGUUGAUGUAUGGAGAUUAAUUACAUACGAAUAAAUUAAUUGAAACGGUGAUGUGUGCCAAAGUUCAUAGGUGUACUAAGGGAAGUUGCUCAAAUACUUAGCUGCAACCAAAAGGCUUUUUCUUAAUGAAAAGUACA